AUGACGUCACGGUUCCAGGUAGACGCUGAAGGAAGGGAUCGGCUGGUGAGGACGAAGACGAGGAAGGAGGGAUCUCCCCGCGGUCGUGGUCGCGCACCUUUCGUGCUCGGGAUGCUGAGGAUGAGGAGGAUGGUGAUGAUGAUGGAGGAGGGAUGGCUGCUGCUGCUGGCGCUGCUCGCCAUUGCGAGAGGCAGCCUGGGGGCCGACACGGAGGAGCGUUUGGUGGAACAUCUCCUAAAUCCUGCACACUACAACAAACUGAUCCGUCCUGCCACAAAUGGCUCGGAGCUGGUAACUGUGCAGCUGAUGGUGUCGCUGGCCCAACUCAUCAGUGUGCAUGAACGAGAGCAGGUGAUGACCACAAAUGUCUGGCUGACACAGGAGUGGCAGGACUAUCGCCUGACUUGGGUCCCGGAGGAGUUUGACGGCAUGCUGAAGGUCAGGCUGCCUUCCAAACACAUCUGGCUGCCCGACGUGGUUCUCUACAACAACGCCGACGGCGUGUACGAGGUGUCGUUCUACUCCAACGCGGUGGUGUCGUACGACGGCAGCAUCUUCUGGUUGCCACCGGCCAUCUACAAGUCGGCCUGCAAGAUCGAGGUCAAGCAUUUCCCCUUUGACCAGCAGAACUGCACCCUGCGCUUCCGCUCGUGGACCUACGACCGCACCGAGAUCGACCUGGUUCUCCGCGCCGACGUCGCCAGCAUGGACGACUUCACGCCCAGCGGCGAGUGGGACAUCAUCGCCCUGCCGGGGCGGCGGAACGAGAACCCGGCGGACCCCGCCUACGUGGACAUCACGUACGACUUCAUCAUACGCCGCAAGCCCCUUUUUUACACCAUCAACCUCAUCAUCCCCUGCGUGCUCAUCACCUCCUUGGCCAUCCUGGUCUUCUACCUGCCAUCGGACUGCGGCGAGAAGAUGACGCUUUGCAUCUCCGUGCUUCUGGCGCUCACCGUCUUCCUGCUGCUUAUCUCCAAAAUCGUCCCACCCACCUCCCUGGAUGUCCCCCUGGUGGGGAAGUACCUGAUGUUCACCAUGGUCCUGGUCACCUUCUCCAUCGUCACCAGCGUGUGCGUGCUCAACGUGCACCACCGCUCACCCACCACGCACACCAUGCCGCCGUGGGUCAAGGUGGUCUUCCUCAACAAGCUGCCCGCCUUGCUCUUCAUGCGCCAGCCGAGGAACAGCUGCGAGCGACAGCGGCUGCGCCAACGGCGGAGAGCCCAGGAGCAGAAGGAGGGCGGGCGCGGGGGAGAGGCGGGGGCCCUCAUGGUGGGGCUCGGGUUGGGGGGUAGCAACAGCGCGGGGGGCGGAGCCUCAUCGGCGGCAGUGUUCAACAAGGAGGACAGUGACCCUUGUACCUGCUAUGUGAACAGAGCGUCUGUCAAACAGUUCGGAGGAGACCUGGGUGCGAAGGGAGGGUCCCUGGACGGUCUGAACAGGGUGAGAGAGAGUCGGGAGGGGGGCUCUGGGAACCCCCUGAGAGGGAAGCAAGCAGCAGGGGGUCAGGCUCUCACGCAGGCUAUCCUGGCUCAAGCCUGUCCCGGCUUCGAUGAGGCGGUAGAAGGAGUGCGCUUCAUCGCCAACCACAUGAAGGGUGAAGACGAUGACCAGAGUGUGAGCGAGGACUGGAAGUACGUCGCCAUGGUGAUCGACCGCCUCUUCCUGUGGAUCUUUGUGUUCGUGUGCGUGUCCGGCACUUUGGGCAUGUUCAUGCAGCCGCUCUUCCAGAAUUACACAGCCAAGAGCAUCCACAUGCCCGGAUGAGCGGCGCCUCACGCGCAUACACACACACCUACACGCACACACAUGGCGAGCACGCUGACGGGACAGCGCCCCGACCUGCCCCCUCCACCCUUUGAGUCAGAGGUGCGAGAGGGGGCUUUUAUUUGCUCAAAAAGAGACAGGAUGUGAACGGCAACUUUCCAGAAACUUGUUUUUGUCUCUUAAGAGAAAAGGUGGUACUCUUACCUUUUCCCCCCCUACCCCCUCGCUCAUCCUGCAUCAUAGCCCCCCCUCCUGCCCCCCCCCCCCCCCCCGAUUAGGGAGAAAAGUUGGAAAUUGGUGAAUGAAUCCACCAUGAAGUGACCAGCAAACGCGGUACCUUCUGUCUAUAUUUCAGAAUAAAAGCACGACAGAUUGUUGUUGAGUCUAAGAAUGUUAGCAGGAAGUAAAAAAAAAAAAGAAGAAAACCUUCCAACCUCAGGACUACACCUCAUGAUGAUGAUGAUGCACACGAAGAAGAAGCUCAAAAAUAAUAUAGAAGUUAUAUAGUUAAGUUGUCAUUGUUCCUGUCAACUUCCUGUUGCCAUCUUUCUUUCCUUGCCAUGUCUCCUAACUCCUCCACUUGUCCUGUCCUUGUCUCUCUCUUGUCUUCCUUUUCCUGCAACACAUAUUUUCCUCCUUUCCUUCCAAACCAGGGGUGUCCAAGCAUUUUUUUAAGGGGGGUGUUACGGUUGUACGGGGGAAGAAGACGGCACAGAAAGGAGGGGACGUCAUUUUAUCUCUGUGUUUAUUUACAUAUGUAUAUAAAUAGGAAAUAAUAAUUAAAGCUGCAAGCAGCGAUGGACGGGACCGACUUUGACGGCACAUAAAAUCCAAACCGGAGCAGUAAUUAAAACUCUUUGGUCAACUUUUAAUCAGAAGGGUUCAAUCUCUCUCCUGUGCUAGUUUGAAGCCGACACGACAAACGCGCUCAGAGGAGAUGAUGUUUGAAAAAAGGUGACCGGUUUUUACAAAACUUUUGUUUUGAAGGGGGAAUUGCAAACUUCCUGUUGGUUUUUGCUGAAGGAUGUCAGUGUAUUAAAUGUAGGUCUAAGUGAGACCUACAUUGAGGUUUUUGUUUCAUGUCUCUAAGGCAUUCCUACUGGAAGUUACAGGCAGUUUUGUCUGAGUUUUCUUCCUAGGAGCAGUUGUGUCUGUGUUUUCUUCCGAGGGGGCGCGAGAGCGCAAUUUUGAGUUUUGGGGUUGGGUUUUUUAUUAGAUCGCAAUUUUUGCCAGUCCUGAUGUGUGUGUCCAGUUUGGUGAGUUGUGAAGCAUGUUAGGGGGUCAAAUUACAGCUCAAAGAGGUGAAUGUUUUUACUAAACUUUUGUUUUGAAGGGGGAAUUGCCAACUUCCUGUUAAUUUUUGCUGAAGGAUGUCAAUGUAUGAAAUCUAGACCUACAUAGAGGUUUUUGUUUCAUGUCUCUACGACAUUCCUACCGGAAGUUAUAAGCAGUUUUGUCUGUGUUUUUUCCUAGGGGGCGCUAUAGCGCAAUUUUGAGUUUUGGGGUUUGUUUUUUUUAUUAGAUGGCAAUUUUUGCCAGUCCUGAUGUGUGUGUCAAAUAUGGUGAGUUUUGAAGCAUGUUUAGAGGGUCAAAUUACAGCUCAAAGAGGCGGCGGUAUAAUAAUGAAGAAUAAAACGCACAAAAUACAAUAGGGUCCUCUGUCCCAAAGGGACAUUGCGGUCCCUAAUAAUAAACAAGGGAAUGGAGUGUGACUAAUCCAAAAGCGUAUGGUGUGCAACUAUGUGUAGGAAUUAAAUGAGGAGUGUUACCCGUAGUGUUGCGCGAGAGGCAGAAGUCCAAGAGGGGCAAGGCUGGCUCUGGGGUCCGUGAGCAGACGUGAGGUCGAGGGGAAGGGGUCCAGGCGGAAGGUCGAGAUCCAAGAGGCAGCCAGGGAAGCAGAGGGAAUACGGGGAGACGAGACGCACUGCUCGUGACACGGGAACGGAGGUACGCUGCUGGAAGGCGACAAGGGGGACACGAGACAAAUAAACACAACAGGGGAGAAACACAGAGAGAGAAAGAGUGCAUAGAGCUUGCUAGGUUCGGCUUACUGUACAGGACAGGUCGUUACGUUCUGGCCCAGAAUAGCAGGUUGCGGUGGCUUAAGAAGGCAGCUCGUCUCAUCAGUGACAGGUGUGUUGAUUGCUGAUGAUUGUAUGCAGCUGCUUGCUGCAGCCGGCGUGGAGCUCCUGGAGGUGCGCCCAGCAUGGUAGACAGAUGAAUGCGCAAUGCAAAUCAAAGCAUGCGGGGGCCAUUUUGAUAUUUUUCACUUUCAAAACCAAUAUGUAGAUUUUUUUAUGAGCUUUAGAGCCCCCCUUAACAAUUUCCCUUGUGAAUCAUUAAAGUUUGUCUCAGUCUUAGUGUUGAAAAUAAUUCAUAUAUGUAUUUUCUUUUUAUUGAUUUAAUGCUUACAUUUCUAGAUCAGGUGUAUGUUUUGCAAUGUUGUAUGCCCUUUUUGUCAAAACCCUGUUUUUUUGAUGGCAAAAACACAAACUAUGCAAUAUUUCCCGCUAAAAAUAAUUUCCAAGUGGAAUAUUUAAUGUCAUGUAAUCGGAGCCCUGAAUAGGUCAAUGAAUUAUAACAACAUUGAUUAUUAUUAUUAAUUCAUUAUUAUUAUUUUUUUAAUCAAUGACAGUAUCUACAAAAAAAAAGUCCCACUAGAAUUCUCGGGGAUCCACAAAAACGGCCCACUCAUAAAAGUGUUAAAUAUGAUAAUUUUUUAUAAUUUUUUAAAAUGUUUUUGUUUGUUGUAUGCCCUUUUGUCAAAGAAAAAACAUAUUUUAGACUUAAAAUAUGCAAUGUUUUAAGUGGAAUUUUUUAUGUCAAGUAUUUGUAGCUUUGAAUAGGUCAAUAAAUAUUUUUUGAUCAAUGUCAGUAUUUACAAAAAAAAAGUCCCACUAAAAUUCUUGGUGAUUCCAAAAAACGGCCCACUCAUAAAAGUGUUAAAAAUUAUAAUUUUUUAUAUUUUUUUCAUGUUUUUGUUUGUAGUAUACCCUUUUUGUCAAAGAAAAAAUUAGUGGGACACUUUGGACACCUGUGUUGUAUACGUUACCUUCUGUUUUCCUCCUUUCUUAUCUUUCCUUGCCUAUUUUUCUCCUCUGUUGUCUCGUUUCCUUACCUACCUUUCAUUUCCUUUACUCCUCGCCUCCUUAUUUCCUUCCUUGAGUUGCCUCAGUCUCCUUGUUUUCCUCUCCCAGCUUUUUGUCCCCCUUCUCUGUCCUUCCUGUGCAUAUACAGUCGGAAACAUACGCUCCCUGCCAUCAUCUUUCAUAUCCUCUCCUCUGGAAGAAACAUUUCAUUCUGUUAGAGAUCCACACUGCUCACACGCCCUGCCACAGACCAGCUAAAGGCUUUUUUCAGGCUCACGCUGUCGGGGGGGAAGGGAGCGCGGCUGAAUGAAUUUUUCAAUAAAGGUCGAGGAGAUGUGGACUAUGAGUCACGAGCAUCAGCAGGGAAGAGGAUGCAUACUGUAUGGUUAUGAUACACCGUGAUCAAUGAUAUCAUGCGGACCUCCAGCAAGAGCACAAGUCCGCUGUUGCUUAUUUUUACACUCACAGGAACUCUGAAGAGUCGGACAAUUUACAGUCGGUCCCUAAAAUGUGUCUCUUUGACCUCUGACCUGUCCACUCUCUGUCUUUGUCGUCUCACUGAUGCAAACAUGACACCCCCUCCCUCCCCCCCAACUGUGGCAGUCCAAUAAAGGUUGUAGGUUGAGCAGGGAUGUGUUUGUGUC